UUCAAACUUAAGAUAAAUCAUUUCACACUAAAUUAUUAUUUUAAUUCAAUGAAUCUUGAACAUUUAUCAAGAUUUUCUUUGAAUGCUGCUGAUAACAAAUGAGAUAUUUGUUAUUUAUUCAUAAUUUUCAUUCUAUAUCACAUAUAAUAUGUGGAAAAUAUAGAAGUCUAAUUUUCGGAUAUAUUAGAUAUAUACUGAUCGCAGCAUCCUAGCAUACAAUUAUUUAAUAUUUCAGGGAAAAAAACAUUUUCGACUGUUAUGAAUUAAAAAUAUAUUUUAAAACCAUAUAUUCAACUGAUAAAUUUUUUAUAGCAGCAGAAAGAUAUUUGGAAGAGUUGCAUCUUCGUCAAACCUCUUACUGAUCAAAAGAGGAACAAUAAAUCUCACCUAAGGAUCACAUCAUGAAUUAAGAAAAUAAAGAUUUCAACCAUGUUAACAACGGCCUUAAAUUUUCUCUCAGAUAAACGAAAACGCUUUCAUCGUUCAGACACAAUGCCAAUAUUUACAAAUGAUUCAAAUCUGUUCAAAUUAAAUUCAGACAAUCAAUUAGUUGAAAAUCAGAAACAGUGUAAUAAAAAUAAAGACUAUGAUGAUGAAGACAUAGUUUCUGUUAAUGUUUGUAAGAAAAGUGAUGUUAAUUGCCAGGAUGAAACUUUGUUAAGUAAAAGUGUUUGUUAUCAAGGUGGAUUAUCAUCAUCAUCUAAGAGUUGUGCACUGAGACAACUCUCAAGUAAUGAUGAUAAUGAUGACGAUGAUUAUGACACUGAAUUUGUGAAACUUCCAUCAUUUUCAUCAACUGAAAAGAACUGCCCAGAGGGAAUGAAGAUGCAUAGCAACGAAAAACACCUUUCAGUCGGUAACUUAAACAAAUAUCAAUUCCUAAAUCUAGAAACAAACUUAUAUCGUCAUCAGAAAAAUCUAUCAAACAGUCCACCUCAUGGGAAUACUUCACAGGGUUGUUUAUCCCAUGGAUAUAGCUUGAGCAGCAUGCAAGUUCCACUGAACCCUACUGGCUCAGAAAACAACGUCUUCACGUCAUUCACUGUUUGGAAGAAAGAUUCUAGCGAUUUACGCCAUAUUCCUAAGGACGGUAAGACAAAUUCCUCAGCAGCAUGCAAAGUGGUUGACGGUAGCAAAUCUGUCCGUCUCCCAUCUAAAUUAAGUGAAUCUCAUGCGCUAGUUUCAGAUGACUUAAACAGUGAACUAACUUUGGAUCACAGUACAAAAGCAACCUCAUCAGGAAAGUCCAAAGUAGUCAGAAUGCGUGCAAGGGCAGUUGCAAGAGCAGCGAAGGGUAAACUAAAACGUUCUAAGAGUAGUGCUUACAUGUCAAGGCAAUUUCGUGAUCUACCAUCAGAGGACAAUAAUGUAAGAGGGCGUUCCUCUAGUGCUCAUCGUGAUCCGGAUAUCAGCGUUCAAGAAAAUAAACCAGUACAAACUUCCUCGGAAAACAAGCCACGUCCUGGUUUAGUCAGAAGCUGGAUUGAUAAAAAUCCUCGUCUACGAUUAGAUACAUCACCUCAACGUUCAUCAAAUGCUAGUAAUAUAGGUGAAGUAGCAAACGCCGAUGAAGUUAUUGAACAACUUGUAAAUAAAGCGAAUGCUUACAAAUUCCAAGUAAUUAAUGCCCUAGAACAUUUCAAACCACUUACAGAAGUAUCUGUGAGUGGAAAUGCAAUCAACAGCGAUCUAGUUACUGCUAUGCAAAAUAACAAUUACUCCCCUAAAAUUUUGUCUAGCAGAAGUUUGAUGACUUCAGCAAAUAAUAGUGCAAAGCCUAACCGUUAUUCUGUUGUCAAAAAGCUAAGACGAAACAAUUCAAGUAUAGCAUGUUCAAAUGAUCAGCUACCAACUUCACAUGAGGAGCAAAGUAUGAUUUCUACAAGUUCUACAGCUGGAGACCUGUUACUGCCGUCGAAAAACUACAAAACAAGCGACAUUGCUUCGGAAGAUGAAGACGACUUUAUAAAGAAUAUUACCGGAAAUCUAUUUACUGUUGUAAGAAAUGAUGACUGUGAGCAAUUUUUAAAGCUAUUUGAUCAUUACCAAAGGUUGAAGGACAAAAGUUUCGGACAAAUUCAAAAAUCUACAAAUGAAUUUGGAUUAAGUGCAUUAGACAGUGCUCAUCUAACCGCAUCCUUACCACUCAUCUCCUGCCUAAUGGUCUGUGGUUUUUCACCAGGCCCUGUAAUCCAGUCACUUUUAAACUCAGGUCCUAAAUCCUAUUCACAUAAACUAGACAGAAUGGGUCAAUAUUUACAGAGUUUACUAGAGGAGAAAGAAAUUCAACUAACUAAGUGUAAAGUAGAAACAAAAAAUGCGAUUGCUCGAGCCAAUCAUCUAACGAUAACUGAAAGUUCUAAAGAUUCUUGUAGUUUAAUACAACCAAGUCAACAACAAGAACAAAUUAUUAAUACAACGGCAUUUGCUGAAGUGGCUAUGAAAGAAAAAGAGUUACAAACUGUAUUGGAUGAGUAUGAAUACCUCUCUAAAUUGAUUGAAAACUAUAGUAGAUUUCCAAAAAGCACCAAGCCACCAAAUAAAGUGAACAUAUAUUUAAAUUCUUCGAACUCCAUAUUAAUUCGAAUAAGUCCACCAAAAAAUGGCAGAUUCAUCAAAGCUAACUUCCAUCAGAACUCGGCUGACACUUCUGACGUUGAUACUUGUUACAAAAAUAACAGAGUUGAAUGUGACCUUGAUCAGGAUCAAAGUUCAUGUGAGUCAACUGAUAAUGAUCUAAUUCAUGAUCCAAUAAAUGAAGGCAGAAAAAUUAAUGGUGUCCAUCAAAUUCACUCUAAUAAUUUUAUUCUAUACUAUUGUAUAGAAUGGUCUACUUGUCCUAAAUUUUCAAAUUCGGAAGUUUACAACUCAUUGGUUCAACCACCAAUUCGUGUUAUCAAACCAUAUUCACAUUCAAUGAAACACAAACAGUUUAGUAUUCUACGUGUAGGCUUUUACUGUUUAAAUAAUUUACCAGAAAAUAAAAUGGUAUUUGUUCGUGUAUUCGCUUUUUCGAUUAAAGGAUGGUCUGAACCAUGUUAUGCUAAUCCAAAUGGAAUAGUUUUAUCAUCGUGGAUAGAUAAUAAAAUCUGUGAAUUAUAUCGAAAUACAGUUCAAAGAGAAAACUUAUCAUUAUCCUAUACGAAAUAUGUUGGUUGCACAUUAGACGAAGAACUUGAUACAUUUAAAAAUAAUCUAAGCAAACAACUCUUUUCAUGGACACGUAGUUAUCCAAUGAACUCAAACACUAGCAGUGGAAGUAGCAAUAGUACUAUAACAGGUGUUCCAGUCAACACUGUAGAAGAAACAAGUAAACGAACAAAAUCACCAAUGUUACAAAGAAAGCGUUCCUUCAGAUUUCCAUUCUCAAAUAAAGGUUUAAAAUUUGUUAAGCAAACCAAAUCUGGAGUUUAUCUAGCAGUACUAUAUCAUACUCCAACAACUUCAUCAAAUAUUACCAUGGAUGAUGAGUCAGGAAAAUUUAAAUAUAAAUCAAAAAUUGUACUUGCAGAUGAUUACAUUCCAAUUUUAAGUGUUUCUCGUGAAGAUUAUACAAAUGAGUCAACAUUGAAUUCAGAUUUUAAUUGGUUCGCUAGAAUUGUUUCUGAUUCCUUUUUUGAUAUGGAUUUACAAUUUUUAUAUGAAGAUAUGCCUAAUACAUCACUUCCAACAAAUCUUCAACUUCGUGUACGACUACUAGAAAUGCUACAAAGAUUAAAAUUAUUACUUGGAACAUCGAAUCUUGGCACUAUUUAUCCAGAGAUAAUACGUGUUCGAUCAAUUGAUUCAAGUUUAAUAAAUUUAAAACAAACUAAGAAUGAAAAUUCAGAUAUUCAAGAAAUAUUAUCUACACCUAAAGUAUCCACUGAAACAAAUGAUUCAAUUGCUACUUCUACAAGCUAUGAAAGUAAUCCAAAAUCAACAUCUUCAUUUUUAUUCGUUCUAGUAAAGCGAAUUAAUAAUCCGAAUGAAAUUAUUCUUACUGGUAAUCUUAGAUGGUGUCAUUUAGAUAAAUUUUUACGACAAAAUAAAGUUAAACUAAAUAAUUUUUUUCGAAUACAUUCUAAUGUUGAAUUUUCAAAUUAUAGCAUUAUGACAAAUAUGACUAGAAAUAUUUUAUUACCAGCAUUAUAUCCACAUCUUUUAACUACACGAGGAAAUCAAGUUUUCAUAUCACCUGAAUCUCAGAUUAUCGCCAAUUUGGAUAUACUAUUAGGUUAUUCUGAACGACAUAUGCAUAUAUUAGAACCAGGCUUAUAUAUUGUCCUUGUACAAAUGAAAGCGCAUAUGGAUCAACAGGCAGCAAUAUUAGUUUCUAAUACACCUACUACAAUACAUAUGCUUCCAGCUGAAAAGAUUCGCUCUAGAUCACAUGUAAGCAAAGAUGAAUGGUAUAGUCUUUGCAGACUAGUUGAAAGAACUGAUGAGAAAAAUGAAGAAAAUUUUAUAAAUUUAAAAAAUUCAGAAAAACGAUUUGUCAUUCAGUUAACUAAAGCAACAUUGAAGUUAACAAAUCGUUUAUGCUAUGGUAUCAAUGAUAUGAAAAUGUUUCGUAUUUUUCUGCCAGAAAUUAUAAGAAUUUCUCCAUUGCAUGCAUUUAUUCUAUUACUGCCACCAGUAGAUCAAGUUUGUUUACCGCCAACAUCGAAUUCAUUGCCACCACCAACAUGUUCAUGGAUUCCAAUGACUUAUUUUGAAAGACAUUUGGGUAUCAGUUAUGAUCCAUUAUUUCAUAAUAAAAUUCAACAUUUAAUUUCACUUUUAGAAUUAAUAAUUCCAUUAUCUCAAUUCGCUCAAAGACAAUGUCUUACAGAAUCAGAUUUAUCACAAAUAUCUGAACGUACUCAAUCAUUACAGUCUAUACAAACAAAUUUAGAGAAUAUGUUUCAAACAAGAAGAUGGCUAAGUGAAACAAUUUCGAUUGCACGUGAUCGUAAAAAGGUGUACAACUUUCAUAUUACUGUAGAACAAAUUAUUAAUGAAUAUUAUGGGAUUUUAAAAUCUUGUCUAGUUAAAUUAAAUCUUGAUUCAUUAACUGAUGAGAUGAUAAACUUUAAUACAGUAUCACAGAAUAUUGAAUUGAAUACAUCCAGUAUCGAUAAAACCAAACAAAUCAGGUCUUCAUCUGUACACAGUGAUUUAGUGGAUGUGACUCCAUCUUCUGAACGUGUAGAUAUAAACAAUCUACCGUCUUCGCCAACUGAAUCAAAACAUAAAGUGAACACUUCAGUAAUACAGGUUUAUGCAGCUUAUCCAACAGGAUUAAAUCCUGGAGUAUCAGUUCGAUUGUUAAUAAAUAUUCGUACAACAGUCAGAGAGGUGAUUGAUAUUGUUGUAAAACGGUUGUUAGAAACCGCUGAACGAAAGAGCAUUAAGGCAAGCGAUGACACUGAUUCUCUUUCCUUAUUACGUUCAUUUGAUUUCAUUCGAACUAAUAUAGAGAAUAAUUUGGAAAACCAUUUAUUCUGUCUAACUGUAUCUGUUGGUGAACUUCAGCGUUGUUUACCAAAUACUGUACGUUUGUUAUUACUAAGAAAACCGUGGAGAUAUGGAAAAUUAACAGUUCGUCUUCUUAAUGAUCUCUCAGAAGACAUUCCACAACGACGACGGCAACAACAGCGACCAGAACCACAGACUGAUAAUCAAAAUACUUCAUCGGCUUCUGAGUUUAUAAAUUCUGGUUUGCAUGAUCAAAAUGUAUCUCCUUUAUUAACAGUUACUUUCGUUCAACCAAAUCUAAAACAGGCCACUAUUAGCUCACCUCCAGAAAUUCUGCCCUAAACAUUUUUAAUCUUCCUUUUAUCGCUCAAAAUAAAUUCAAGGUUCGUUUGUAUUCAAUACUAAAGUCUUAUAAUUUUCAGUCAGAGGAAUAAAACUAUUUGCUAAUUGAAUGUAUAUUGUAUUUAUAUUAAAUUAUUGAGUUCCUUUAAUAUAUUGAGAACAAAAAACAUAAUUGUACCGAUUCAUUAUUCAAACAUCACUUUAUCCAUUAGUCUUUCCUUAAUAACAUUCUGUUCGACUCUUUUUUUCUAAUUUCUUGUCUUUUGUAUAGUAGAAGUUUCUUUUUAGUAAAACAAAUAAAUUUUCAAGGAAGGAAGUUGAUAAUUCAUCACUGGAAAUUUCAUUGCAUUUUAUCACCAAAGUGAUAUAAGGAUAUGGCAUGAGAAUAUGAAAAUAUGUGAGUG